AUGUCGUCCAUGCGCAAUGCCGUCCAAAGACGGAAUCACAAGGAGCGAGGCCAGAUCCAGGGCCGUGAAAAAUGGGGUAUCCUUGAAAAGCACAAGGACUACUCCCUCCGUGCAAAAGACUACAACCAGAAGAAGGCCAAGCUCAAGCGUCUGGAAGAAAAGGUCCGCGACCGGAACCCCGAUGAAUUCGCCUUUGGGAUGAUGUCGUCGCACUCGCAGAAGGCGGGCAAACACGGUACGGCGUCGCGCGACUCGGCGGCGGGACUCAGUCACGAUGCGAUCAAGUUGCUGAAGACGCAGGAUGCGGGGUACUUGCGGACGACGGGCGAGCGGAUUCGGCGGCAGAUGGAUAAGCUGGAGCAGGAGAUUCAGUUGCAGGAUGGCAUGGUGCAGAGUCUGGUGGGGAAGAGGCCGAAGAAGAAGAAGGCGCCCGUGCGGGAUGAGGGUGAUGAUGAGCUUGAUUUUGAUUUCGAUGAGGAGUCCGAGGAGGAGGAAGAGGCGGGGCCGAAGAAGACGGUCUUUGCGGAUGACAAGCUGGAGCAGAGGGCUUUGAAGAUGAAGCGGGUGCAAGAGGAGGGGGCUGAUGAGGAGAGGGAAGCAUCGUUUGGAGAUCUUCAGCGGAAAAAGACUGCGAGGGAGCUGGAGGCAGAUCGUCUGGCGCUUCAGGAGGCUCGUCGCGCUCGGAAGAUCAAGCAGCGUGCUCAUGUGGCGAAGCAGAACAAGCUGGCCGCGCUUCAGAAGCAGCACAACGAUAUCACAGCUGCGGAGCGCCAGUUGGAUUGGCAGCGUGGACGGAUGGACAACGCCGUCGGAGGGACGAACAAAAAUGGGAUCAAGUGGAAGAUCCGUGAGCGGAAGAAGUGA